AUUAUUCUAAUGAAAUAUCUUCUUUAUUUUCUGUUGAAAAGUAUUUGUCUAUAUAAAAUGCAUGUGAGAAAGCUAUAUAAUUAGCAAUUGACUAUUUUUCUAAAUUAAUAAAAAUAAUUCCUAGAUCUGAAUCGGAUAUGAGAUAUAAAACCAAGUAUGGAUAUUGUGGAGGUGUUGAAGUUCCUUAAAAUGACAGAGUUAUUGGCAAAAAAUCUGAUUUACAUAUAUAUGUACAAUUUAAAAAUGAAUCAACAUUAACUUAUAUAGCUAAUGCGGGUUGGUGUUAAUUUUUGAAUGGUCUUGGACCUACUCAUGGUGAAGUUAACUUUAAUAUAAGUUCAUUAAAAUUCACAAACUGGGAUAAUCAUAGUGAAUUCAAAGAUUUAUUGUAAACAGUUAUACAUGAAAUCACUCAUAUUUUGGGCUUUACUUAUUCAGAUAUACCAAAAUGGAUUACUUCUAACAAAAAUCAUCAUAAUGAACCGACUAUUUAAUAAAAAUUAAGGGGAAUUGAUACUAUAUUUCUCAAAACUCCUCAUGUUUUGACGUUUGCUCGAAAAUAUUUUAAUUGUCCUACCUUAGUUGGUAUGCCUCUUGAAAAUAUAGGAGGAGAAGGUUCUAAAAAUUCUCAUUGGAAAAGCACAAUUAUCUAGAACGAAUACAUGAAUCCAUCUGUAUCAUAUACUUAGGCAUAUUUUAGUGGUUUUACAGCAAAUCUUUUAAGAGACACAGGUUUCUAUUAUGAAAUAAAAGAAUCUAUGGUAGAAAAAAUAUCGUAUGGAUAAGGAGCAGGUUGUCAACAUGUCACCGGUGUAUGCGAUUCUGCCAAAAGAGAAUAUUGUAAUCCUUAAAAUGACUAGGGAUUAUGUGAUUAUUACCACCUUGGAAGUUCAGAUUGUAGGUCUGGUUAAUUUGAUGAGCCUACAUGUUAUACUUAAUAUGUCAAUGGAGAUUCAUAAUGCUGGGAAAUUAGAAGUAAUCGUAACACGAAAUAAAAUCAGGAUAUUAUGGGUGUUAAAUUUGGGGUUAAUUCAAGAUGUUUUAACUCUUCUAUAUAUAAGGAUAAAUAGUAGCCACCAAAAACUAGAAUAACAGGAGAAUGUUAUUAAUAUGAAUGUAAAACUAAUGGAUAAUUGAAUGUUUACGUUGGAAAAACUAAAGUGGUUUGUACAAACAACUUACAAAAUUUAUAAGUUAAUGGAUAUUAAGGAUAUUUAACAUGUCCUGAAAAUAUAUAAAAAUUUUGUGGUUUUAAAAAAUUUUGCCCGAAUUACUGUAGUUCAAACGGAUAUUGUCUAAAUAAUGAAUGCCAUUGUGCUAAAUAAAAUUUUGGAAAUGAUUGCAGUAAAAAAAAUCCUUUCAAAAAUUGA